GCGGGGGGAUAGGCGGAGCCCUAGUUGGAAUAGACAGGGCUCCGGGAGGUGGAGUGUUCGCGGGACCGCCCUAGGAAGCGCGCUUUGCCGGCUGUGGGCAUGCUCCGCUGGGCACGAGCCUGGAGGGUCCCCCGUGGGAUACUCGGUGCCUCCUGUCCCAGGCGUUCGGCAGUUCCUGUCACGUUCAGUAGCAGCCGCAGCAGUGGCCAAGGAAACGCCGAUCCGAGGCCGCUGCCGCUGUCCUAUAAUCUUCUAGAUGGAGACUCGACACUCCCAGCCAUCGUCUUUUUGCAUGGACUCUUCGGCAGCAAAACCAACUUCAACUCCCUCGCCAAGGCCAUGGUUCAGAGGACCGGCAGGAGGGUGCUGACAGUGGAUGCGAGGAACCACGGUGACAGCCCCCACAGUCCAGAUGCGAGCUACGAGGCCAUGAGUCAGGACCUUCAGGGCCUCCUCCCGCAGCUGGGCCUGGCGCCCUGUGUCGUCGUCGGCCACAGCAUGGGAGGGAAGACAGCCAUGCUGUUGGCACUGCAGAGGCCAGAUCUCGUGGAGCGGUUGGUUGCCGUAGACAUAAGCCCGGUAGGAACCACACCUGGAUCACACCUUGGAAACUUCAUAGCAGCCAUGAAGGCUGUGGAGAUCCCAGAGAAGGUGCCACACUCCCAGGCCCGAAAACUGGCCGAUAAGCAGCUUACUUCCGUUGUCAAGGAAGCGGGCGUCCGGCAGUUCCUCCUCACUAACCUGGUGGAGGUGGAUGGACGCUUCUCCUGGAGAGUCAACUUGGAUACUUUAGCUCAGCACUUGGACAAGAUUCUGACCUUCCCUCAGCACCUUGCAUCCUAUUCGGGGCCAACGCUCUUUCUGCUUGGUGGAAAUUCUCCAUAUGUACAACCCAGCCACCACUCAGAGAUUAGGCGCCUCUUCCCUCAAGCCCAAUUUCAGACCGUGCCUAAUGCCGGCCACUGGGUCCACAGCGACAAACCCCAAGACUUCAUGGAUGCUGUCACCGGAUUCUUGGCUUAAGAAGUGGCUCCUUGGAAGAUCGGGGGUGGGGGGAGGGGCUCUAGGCUUGGGAGCU